UCCCACAAUGCACCGCGGUCGUCGGUUGAGCAGCCAGAGGAGGAGAACAACGGAGCGGCUCAAAACAAACAAACAGCGCGAGCGGUGAACAGUUUAUAAUAUAUAAUUAAUAUAAAAAAGGGAGUUUAGAAUAGUUUUAUUUUUUUUACUCUUUUAUAAGACUUCCGGAGAGUUUCCUAGCGGCCGCUGGGUGGCGGUGCUGUUAGCAUUAGCUAGCCGGCUAGCUGGGACCACCUCACGAAGAGGGCGGGGCUUAGUGCACAGCAGCUGGACACAAACAAACAAAGGACAACACAUUAAAACAAAUAAAUACUCCAAAGUUUAAAUUAAAAUUGGCAUCGCCGACAGGGACCGCGGUGUCGUAAUAACUAGUUAAGUUCACCCGGCGGGUUGUUGCCGUACUUAACGUCGCUGUUGUGCGCGAGGUCGUCUGAGGAGUGACAUCUGUAAACACUGGAUUCGGGAGGCUUCAGCUAACGUCGCAGGGAUAAAACACACACACAACACACACACAAAACACACAAAACACACACACACAAUGAGCACCGAGGCAGAGACCGCGGCGUCCACUAAAACCACCCCGGAGGACGAUGGCAUGACGUGGUGGUACCGAUGGCUCUGCAAAAUAGCCGGAGUCGUGGGAGGAAUAUCGUGCGCCAUCGCAGGAGUCUGGAACUGCGUCACUGUGAACCCUCUGAGCAUCGCGGCAGGCGUCUGGAUGGUGCUGAACGCCUUCGUGCUGUUCCUGUGCGAGGUCCCGUUCUGCUGCCAGUUCAUAGAGUUCGCUAACGCGAUAGCGGCCCGCGCGGACAAGUUCAAACCGUGGCAGAAAGCCUUCUUCUACUGCGGGAUGGCUCUGUUUCCCGUGUUCCUGAGCUUCUCCUUCACGACCUUGUUCGGAAACGGCAUCGCCUUCGCCACCGGAGUCCUGUACGGCCUCGCGUCGCUGGGCAAAAAGGGAGACGCAGUGACGUACGCCAGACUGCAGCAUCAGAAACAGGGGGAUGAAGAGAGGGCGACAGAAACGGCCAACGGGGCUCCGGAGUGAGGCGUCCUCCUCCUCCUCCUACUCUUCUUUUUCUUCCACCGGCCAUCUUUCCCCCGUUUCCGUCGCUCCACAAUUACGACACCCGAGUUUAUUUAUUGACUUAAAACCCGGUCGUAUCCAAGCAGAUUGGAUCCGGUCCCAUUAUUCGGUACCUGGCGUGUAAGUGGGAUCUCUUUUAAACUGUUCAGCUUUUUGUUUUUUAAUGGUUUUGUGGUCUUCUCACGGGUUUUAUUUAUUGUGUACGUUUUCCCUUUUUGUUGUUGUUUUUGUUGCCGCUGUCGGUCGUUUUUUUUAAGCCCGAGAGCCUUUCAGGAAAUCCCAGUAGAAAUGAAUGUGAUUGUAAAAUGUAACUUCAGGUUAUCGGCUCCGAGGCUGUGAUUCAGAGUCGCCUGUCACGUCUCUUGUAAACAACAACAGUUUUCUCCCAGUUGUUUGAAAACCCUUCGUUGCUUUUGAGCAAAGAGAAAGAGGAAGCGGUUUCAAACCCCCGCUCUGAACUGCAGCCCCGAAUGAUUUUUUAAAAAUACUUAAAGGUACGGCAUUAGGGACAUUUUUAAACAUUGGGAAUGUAACUGGUAAACCCAAAGAAAAACACAAGUUCAUGCUUUUCAUAUUGUUCUUUAAUUGGUUUAAGGUUUUAAAGGUUCUAGCGUAGACUCUGGUAGAGAGGGAGUUUCUUUAAAAAGCUUUUUAGUGCAUGCGUGAGCUUGUUCCUCGUGACAUGUGGUACAUUGCCUGAUGGGGAGAACGGGGAUGUGCACUUCCUGGUUGUCCUUUUUAGAGGAGGGGGAGGGCGGGGUUAUAAUCUGUUUCUGAGUCUUAAUUGGUACACUCGACCAAAACAUGAACAAAUUCAAUGAGGGGGAGGUGUCUGGGUUCAGGGACUUCAUUGGUCCUCCACACGUUCACCAAAGCCGCGGUUUGCCUUCGUCACUCAUUAGCGGGGAGGGAUGUACUGUUUGUGUUGUUGUUUUGUUGUGUUGUUGCCUUCGCCUCUGUCGUGUCGUCGUCAAUAAGGACGCUUUGGGAAUCGUCGUUUAUCACACAAACCUCUUCCAGCUGUUUCUACCCCAAAGUCUCUCACCGGCUGGUCAGUGGAUUCACCUCCAAGCUCUCAGGCGUCACACUCGACAACGCACAACGCACAGACACACACACGGGAGUUUAUGCAGAGGUCUGAGACGUGCUAACUAGCGUUAGCAUUACGAUGAAAUACUGUCAUUUGUGUACAACAUGCACAGCCAGCUUUCACAAGUGAUCUGACACUACACACACCAGCAGUGUGCUCCAGACUGACACUACACACACUGACACUACACACACCAGCAGUGUGCUCCAGACUGACACUACACACACUGACACUACACACACUAACACUACACACACACACACUAACACGACUGUUUUGGUUGGAUGUAAAAUACAAUAAACGGCGUUCCCUGUCCACGAC